CAGGGGCACAUGACUUAAUUUCAUGGUGGCAAUUUCAAGCCUUCAUCGACAUGAUGGGAAUCUGAGAGGAGCUCACAAGUCCUCUGCACACAUUGCUUCCUUUUCAUCCUCUGGAUUUUCCUGUUUAUUUAGGUCCUCGAGGGGACCAGCAGAGCAAAUACAUGGACAGAACACUAGUGUUGCUUUUCAUCCUGGUUUCCCCGGGUGUGGCAGAGCCUGACGUUCCUCUGACAAAUUUAGAAACUAUCGCCGGGAAGUUGGUUUUCUACCAAACGGAUGGCAACGCCACCUAUCUGAGAGACACAGGAGAGCUGGCUUCAGACAUCCCCACCGAGACCAUGUUCCAACUUUCUGAUCCCCAGCAGAAUUUCAGCACGGCAAACUUCAGCUACACGUGGGAUUUAGGAAAUGGACAGGUAAUCCAAGGGAUCGAGCCUGUUGUCCGCUACCAUUACGCCUUGUCUGGAAACUACACACUCCGGUUGAAAAUCGGAGUCAAUAUAACUGAAUACACACCUCCAUUAACUGGAAUAUACUCCAAGGAUAUUCAAGUGCUUGAUGCCGUUAAAAGCAUCAAGUUGACAGGGCCUUUCGAUUAUGAGGUGUCUCAAACAACCGGGCUGGCUUUUCACGUGGACGGCAGCCCCCCCAUGUGGGUGUGUUGGCGCUUUGUGGCCAACUGCGUACCCGACGCGACGGGGGGCUGCACGCUGACCAUGUUGUACGGGAACACCUUGUGGCUCAACCACACCUUCACCACGGCCGGGGUUCACUGCUUGGACAUCAGCGUUCGAAAUGACAUCAGCAAGCUACAGACCUCCUUCAAUCUCUUUGUCAGGAAAAACAACAACACCAACAUACUCUUCAUCUUGUCUUCGGUUGCUAUUUUUGUGGCAACCUUCACUUUCAUCACAGUCAUCGCCUGCCAUCCUCGAUAUCAAAACAAAGCUCAGAUGGCAACACCCAGCAACGCUUUAUUUUUGAAGGGUCACGCUGGUGGCCAAAUUGUUUUAAAUCUGUUUCCUGCUCAGCGAGAAGAGAGACAACCGCUGUGGGUACAGGAUUACACACCCUAUUACUCUUAACCAAUCAUAUUUAUGAGUCCUUUUAUGUGACUGCCGGAGAUUUGGUAUGUUAUGAAAAAAAAAAAAAA